UGCUAUCAGACAGUGAGCUGCAGUGUUUGUGAACUUCUAAAGAGAAAUUCACAAAAUUUGUGUUGCCACUGGGGUGUAAAAAUCAAGUGUUGCUGGCGUGGAGAAUAAAUGAGGCUCUCGCUCUGUGGCAGCUGUAAGCAGCCGUGUUGAUUUCUCGCAAACCUAAAAGGAGAGUUGAACUGAAGUUAAGAUCUCAUUUGCAUGCGGGAACUCAACCCAAAAAUCUAAUGGGUCAACAUAACAGAGUCUGUUUUGUCAGAUUUUGCUAUGAGGCAUUAACUAAACUGCUCUAAAGCACAGGAAUAACAAUGAUGAAAUACACCUGAAGUAACAUUUUGUAUAUUAUUUAUCAGAGGAUUGAGUGGUGGCUCUCCAGGGGCUUUGAUCGCUGCACUCCCACAGUGAAUGCUCAGAUUUUAGUCAGGGGAAGCUACUUGGGAGGGCCUGUCAUAAGAAAAAAAAAAAAACACCUCCAUCUCAGUGGGACUACAUGAUUAAGGCUCCAUGAGGGAAAACAAAAUGAUAAGACAUCAGAUGUGACUGGGUUGGGCUUCUUACUAUCCUCUAUAAAUGUUAAAAGACCGAAGCAUCCCACAUACUGAGCUGUGAGACCAGUCAGGCUUCUGUCAUCUGAGAGCGAAGACAAAGCAAAAUUGUCGCCUGAUCUUUAAAACGAUGGCUGUAGAAGAGCUGGUUGAGUCCAUCAUCAGAGCUCUCAUGUUUCUAGCAGGGAUCCUGGGAAACAACUGGCUGGCUAUACGCUCCCUGCCCAGACAGAAGUCAGGCAUCCGCACCAACGAGGUUUUUUUCAUCAACCUGGCCGUCUCCAACCUCAUCACCAACUACCUGGUGGACCUGCCCGACACCAUGGCAGAUUUUGCCGGCCGGUGGUUCCUGGGGCAGACCUUCUGCGGUGUGUUUCGCUUUUGUGCCGACCUCUCCGAAACCAGCAGCAUCUACACGACCUUCUUCAUCAGCGCUUUCUGGUACCAGAAGCUGGUGGGCUCCCUGAAACGCGGGGGAGCGCCCGUGCAGCUGGACAACCUCUGCCUGGUGGGCUGCCUGCUGGCCGGGAGCUGGACGGUGGCCGUGGUCUUCAGCAUCCCGCAUUUUUUCUUUGUCACGAUUGAGGGAGCAAAUGAGAGCCACGAAGACUGUGUUGAUGUCUUCCCUAAUGCAAUUGCCCAGCAAACCUACGAGAUCUUUUACUUAACCCUGGCUAAUGCUCUGCCUGUUGCAGGGAUUGUAUUUGCCAGCAUCCAAAUUGUCAUCACUCUGCUUCAAAACCAGCGACGCAUACGGGGUCACAACACUGACCAUGGCAAGGAAAUCGUUAAAGAUGAAAACAAGAGCAUCAAAAACAAAAACGACCAGAGUUCUGCCAGUGCCGAUUCUGCAUCAGGCGCCUCAAAAGAUCUCAAAGAUUCCCAAUCCCUGAACACCGUUUAUACAGGCGUACCUGGCUCUUCCUGUCCAAAUGAACAGUCCGGUCGCAGUUCCCAAAGCUUUCCCUCCAAAAAGGAAGCAAACGCCGACAGCAGAGCUGGAGCUCAACCAAAUCCUUCAAGGCCCGGACAGGUGCCAACUAAGGCCAGCAUGAGCUCGAGCACUCAGGUGAGGGCGGCCAAGAGCGUGGUGGCUGUGGCCAGCGUGUUCCUGGUCUGCUGGCUGACACACCUGCUCCUGCGCAUCACCAACAGCGUCCACACCUCGUCGAUAGUGGUGGAGGUGGCCAGCUAUAUCGCAGCCUCCUACACCUGCAUCAUCCCCUACAUAUACCUGUACGGAGUGAAAAAGCUUUCUUGCUCGUGUAAAAGGUAGAAAUGUGCACAUUGCAUUCAUACUGCUGUACUCACUGUUAGUGUUUUAUUCAAGAGGUCUUCAACUUCUAAUGUUUGCCUCUCAAAUCCACUCAGGAAGCCCCAAACCCCUAAAAGAAACCUGCAUAUUAUCAGGGUUCCACAGUUUUGAUAUGAGCAGUCUGAUGAUCUCAAGAGUCUAUCAUCUUUUAAGUGUGAGACAACAUUGUGAUCCUUACUUAGUCCUUACCUAUCCUUAUCUAGUCCCUGUAUGUAAAUCUUACUAUCCUUCAUCGUACAUAUGAUACAUAAAUGUAAUAUUCGGUGUUGCUUUUCACAUUAUUUAAAUGCUUUAUCAUUUGUUCAGUAUUAUUUUUCAACUAUGAAGCACCUUUACUUUGAAAAGAGCAAUGUAAAAUAAAGAUUAUGAUGUUUAGAAAGCAAAAAAGGUACAUUUAAUAUGAUGAUGUUGUCACACUGUGGAUUCUGACAGCACAAACCUAAAUUUACUCUACUUAUAUUUUGUCUACAAAGAUGCUUUAAGUGCCUUGCAUCAUGAAUUUGAACAUUAUUUCUUGUUAAAACAAUAAGGUGAGCAGGAUCAUGAUGCGUAUAGGAAUAAUUCUUGAUUAGAUGGAAGUGGUGGGACUGUAAACACUGAUUCUGUUAUUAGUUGAUAUUCAUGUUAUUUGCAUUUGUGGAGGUUUAGUGAUUCGCUACGAAAUUAAGAGAGAAAUCAGCCCAGCAUCAAGUCAAGUCAUUUUAUUUUUCAUGAGGCUAAAAAUUAAACAUAAUUGUAUACUAGAGUGCACAGCUAAUUGGAGAAAAAGACCUUUGGCAAUUACUGCCCUGUUGGUGAUGACUGUAAGAAACCCUGAGUGCUGUUAUCAAAUUAAAGAUAAUUACGUAAACACAAACAGUGACGACGUUGGGUCUGUUAUUGGACUCCCUCUGCAGUGUCACAUCAUCAAAACUCAGUGGCUGAAUCCUGUAAUUAUUUAGAAAAACCUAACGCAAAACUCUAAGAACAUGAGUUUGUUGGUUCAUAGGUAACAAGUAGCUGCUGUGUAGUGUUUUCAAAACAUCCUCAUGCACAGAAGCGAUGACAAGUUUUAUUUCUUUAUAAAAAUGUUUUAUCAAUUUUUUUUUCCUCAAGGCCAGGCCAAAGUUGUCAGUGCAGCACGGUGAACUGCACUUUGUUAAAAAAAAAAAAAAAAAAAAGUUCUACAUUCAAAACAAUCACAAAAGCACUCAUACACGACGGCACUGUUAAAUGUAUCAGCCAAGUAGACAAACUGCUCACUGUAAAUGAUACACAUGGAAAUAAUGUUUGUGUGAAUAACCUUUGGCAGAAGGGUCGACAUUAUGGCCAAGUUAUUUACAUAAUUACAACAUCCAACACUGAACUGUUUGUUUGGAGGCAAAGUAGAACAAAUUUUUUCCCCUGUGGUGAAAAGGCUUUAGUCAGGUAAAGCAUAUGAAAAUAUCCCCGAUCGAUCGUCAAUAAGUGCAUCUUCAAUAUACGAAAAAUAACCUGUAAAAUUCAGAGUGAUUUCUUUAUAAACACGGGUAACUCAUAUCUUGUCAUAUUUCGUUAUCUGACACAGCUAUUUGCUUACAAUGCGAACAACCACCAGCGUCUUGUAGCAUUCCUGCAUAAUGUUUUGACUUCUAACAAAACGCAUUAAAUAAGUUAUAAAAUGUGUCUCCCUCAUUUUUUUUUUUUUUUUUUUUUUUUUUUUUAA